AUGUUCGAGACCCGUCGCCCGACAAACUUGGAUAUGUCCACAGACCUUCCGGUGACCACAUUCCCUCGAAAUAACACUCAGAUCUCAGCCGAGUUGGAUGACCAGCUUCGACCUUUGCUCGUCAAUAGCGAUUCCUUCGAAUGUAACGCCAACUUCUCCACAUUCCUCAAAUUGGUGGUUGACCAUCUCAAAGAUUUGCCGGAGACCUAUCAUGCAUGCCUGGUGUAUGCCCUUCAGUUACUCCAUCUGAAUUUGUUCCAAAAGAAUCUUGUCAUAUGCUUGGGAAAGAUACUUGGACUCCUUAGUGUCCUUAGCAGCCUGGUGCCUGGGGAUAACGAGUCUGAAACUCGCUACUUGAAGGAGUUGUUGCUGAUUAUAAUGCUUUUGCUUUUGAAAUUGAGCGGAGACUCCACGUCAGAUUGUGAUUUGAGCGUGGACGAUGUGAAGCUUUUCCAAACUCUUAAGCUGUUGGGAAUGAUGCAGAUUAUAGCCGAUUUCAUUUCUGACCAUAUCGAACGCAAAGACUCUACGCACGCAUCCUACGUGUUGUUGAAGUUUAGUUGUGAUAUAGUGUUCCACUAUUUGUACCACGUUGUUCUUCUUGAUGAUAGAGAGUUCGCUGAUCUCAUGGAGACGCUGCUAAUUCAAUCUUUAAUCGCAGAUUUGCUCUCCAAUGACAACUUCAAUAAUUACGAAUUGGCAGGUGAUGACUUCGAGGAUGAGGCUAAACUUAUAGCAUACGAGGAGUUUAAGCUCUUGCUCCUUAUCAACGAGCAGUAUAUGAUGAAAUCGCUUUCAUGUAACAUCCUGCAAAACAAGGUGAUUGACGGCCUUUUAACUCAAAGAAAAGACUCUAUCAAUGGCAUUUGUGGCUUUACCAACUUGCUCGUGUAUCAUAUGAAUCGGGAAGAGUCGCAUAUUAUUAAGAUCUUGAUGUUGAAAUUUCUUUACUUGAUUUUCACUUCAUCUAGAACCUCUGGUCUUCCAUAUCUCAAUGAUGUUAAAAUAUUGGUUGAUAUAUUCAUUCGUGAGCUCAACGAUAAUAGUUACUCGAUUGAGACGGACGGAGAUAGCACCCUUCUUGCGCUCACGUACUUGAAAGUCCUUUAUCCCAUGCUCACAUUCUCUGAGCUUGGAAACUUGAAUCCUAGCUACAAGGCGGCUGAACUUACCGAAGUUUUGCGGAAUGUGGUGGUUAAUUGUGAUACGGGCAGCUCAGAUAACGAUGAUGAAUCUUUCAUCAAUCAAGAUGUGGAAAGGCUUAUCCAGACUUCAAGUAUAGUAAAGAUCGCUAUGAAAUGUCUUGCUAUUCCUUGGUUGAAACGAGCAGGUUCUCGAGGCAUCCCUACUAGGUUGAUGAAGCAUCCUAACCCAAGCAACGACAGCAUAUCAUCGGCAUCUAGCAUAAAUUCCAGAGGCGUCAAAGUGGAGGCUUCAGACCUUUUCAAUUCCACGGAUUCGUUGUCUUUCACCAGAGUCGCCUCUGUGAGGGCAUCUACGAAGAAUGAUUUUCAUAAGCAUACAACCUCUCACAAUAUGAACCUUGAAAGUACUACAGAGGACGACUCACUGGAAGAGAAUAUCUUCGAGGUGAAUAAUCACAAUAUCUUUUUGCAGCCAAAGAGAUCAAAUAGCAGCAAAAGCUCGACCAAGAACCGACUGAGCGCUGUACUCUUGGAUCUUCCAAAGGAGUAUUUACGACACAAGAAGCUUCCUCCCUUGCCACAGGAAGCUAGAACGUCACCUCCCCGUACUUACACUUCGGUUGCGGAAAAGGCAAGAAGUAAGAAGGCUCCACCUCCACCUCCACCUCCACCCAGAAGAAGACGAUAA